AUGAAUAUUAAACAAAAGAGCUUCUAAAAAAAUACGAACUCCCGACAAUUCAUUAUAGUUGCAUUUACACCGGAAUAAGCUAAACUUGCUGCUUUAGAAAUUUAAAAAUUAAAGCCUUAAACUACUGGAAUUAGUUUUCGAGAUUUUCAAAUAAAAGCUUAAAUUCAUGCAGGUGGUAGAGACAAAGGUUUUUUCAAAGAACAUCCAUAACAGUCUGGUGUCUAAGUUGUUUUCUCACCUGAAGAAGCGGAAGAAUUAGCUUCAAAAAUGAUUGGUAGUACAUUAAUAACAUCUUAAACAGGUUUUAGGGGACGAUAUACUAGUGCAGUAUUAGUAUCCGAGCGUUUAUUUUUACGCAAAGAAUUAUUUAUGUCUAUAAGUUUAAAUGCUGAAAAAGGAGGAAUAAAUAUAAUUUGUAAUGAUAAAGGAUUUAUUAGUACAGACGAGAGAUAAAAUAAAACUACAAAGUAACAUUUUGUGACAUUAUAGGAUGGUAUAAAUAAAGAAAAAAUGUAAUAAAUUAUUGAAUCAUUUAAUUUAGACAAAACUUAUAAUGAAUAAUUAAAAAAUAUAGUAGGUUAAUUAUUCUAGUGUUUUUUAUAGAACGAUGCUACAUAUUUAGAAGUUAAACCUUUGGGAUUAACUAUAGAUGGAUAAUUGAUUAUUUGUGAUUAGAAAAUUUAAAUUGAUGAUAAUUCUGCUUUUAGAUAAAUCGAAUUAGCCUCUAUAGAAGAUAUUAGAUAAAAAGAUGAAAAAGAAAUUAUUGCUUAAAAAAAUUUCCUUAAUUAUAUUGCUUUAGACGGAAAUAUUGGAUCUAUGGUAAAUGGAGCAGGUCUUGCAAUGACUACAAUGGACUUAAUUGCUUAAAGAAAUGGAAGUCCUGCAAAUUUUUUAGAUUGUGGAGGUACAGCUGAUUCUUAAUAAAUAAUAGCAGCUUUAAAAAUACUUGCUAAUGAUAAAAAUAUAGAAUCUAUAUUUAUUAAUAUUCAUGCAGGUAUAACUUCAUGUGAUAUUAUCGCAAUGGCUAUUAUUAAAGCCCUUUCUGAAGUUGGAAUAAAAAAACCUAUUGUCUUGAGAUUAAAAGGAAAAAACUUUGAAUAAGCAAAAUAAAUUAUUUAUGAUUGCGGUUUUAAUAUUUUAGUAACUGAAGAUUUGAUUGAAGCUACUGAUAAAGUUAUUAAAACUGCAUAAAUUUUAAGAAUGGCUAGAGAAGCGAAAAUUAAUAUUAAUCUUUUAAGUUGA